AUGAAUUUAGAUCGAACCUCGGAAUCGAAAAGAGAAAACGCUAGAUUGAUUAGAACAACUCCUCGGAUCUGCGCUGUUGAGCUGGAGAACGAUGUCUCGGAGUUGAACAACUCCUCGAACGGCGUGCGUCCUGCGAUGGCUACGAGGAGGGCUCGGCUCUCGCGAGAGAUGAAUCUCAGAGAUCUUGAGAAAGAGAGCUUUCUGAUGAUAGAAGAAUGGAAAUCGCCAUCUGAAGAAAAAUACGUGAAAGACGGAGAAAGGGGCUCUUCUUACGGGAGAAUUAAGGGAAAAUUAUAUGCUUAA